AUGAAUUCAAAUUCAUUUGAAUUGACCAAUAAGUGUCAAUAGUUAUUAACAAAUUUAGAGAGUAUUAAUCAAUAAACAGAUUAAAUGAAGUAAAUUAAUAUAAUUCAAGAAUAAUAACAAAUUGAAAAUGUUAUAUUAGAGUAAACUGACGUUAAAAUUAAGUUAAUUGAUGAUUUCAAUAAAUAGACUGACUUUUGUUAUGGAAUAGUGUUUAAUAACUCUGGGUCAAUUAUGAUAUCAAAUCAUUGUAAUGAUAUUUUAGUUUAGGAAUUUUAAAUAAGGAAGAUUGCAAUUAUAAAGUCGAUUUAAGGUGCAUUAAGAUUAAAUUAAUUGUUUAGUAUAUAGCAAAAAAAUGAAUUGUUUCAUUUCUGGGAGUUAGGAUAAAUCAGUUAUUUGUUGGAAUUAUUGUAAUAACAAAGAAUGGAAGUGGUCAAAACCAUAUAUAUCUCAUACUAAAGCGGUAUCGUGUUUAAUAUUAAAUACACAAGAAGAUUAACUUAUCUCAGGAGGAAGAGAUUAUUCAAUAAUAAUAUGGAGAGUAAAUUUUAUAAAGAAUGA